UUUUUUUUUAAGAAGGGGAGGAGAAAAAAAAAAAAAGACCCGCACUUUCUUCGCUUCAAACGCUCCCCACUUUCAUUCCUCGCCAAAGCCUUGCCUUUCUAGAUGACGCGGACUGGGAGACGGGGCCAUUGGAAGGAGAGGCUGAAUAGAAAGAAAAGAGAGGCACUUGACAGCCCAGCCUUGUGAAUGCAGAGACUGUCUCCCUUCUAGCGAGAGACAGGGAGAGAGUGUGUGUGUGUGCAGAGGACUGGGAGGUGGCUCCCCCUGCCUUCCUAUUCCUCCUCUCCCUCUCUUCCCCCCCGCCCCCAAAUCUGCACAUCCAACCAUGAGUUGCCUGUUGAUUUCCUUUCGCCCGGGAAGCAACGCAAACUGGAAUUAAACUGCAGCCAGAGAAGUCCCUGCUCGCCGCCGGGAGAGGAUGGGAGGCUGGUAGCGGCGGCGCCUGGCUUCCCGCAGAGAAAUCAGAGAGCGUGUCGUCCGGGCGGAGGCGGAGAUACCUCGAUACACCCUCCCUCCCCCUCCACCCCCCUCCACACACACACCACACACACACACACACACACACACACACACACACACCCUCCCCGUAGACUCACACCGCAAUCGCAGACCGGGCUGUGGCUUCCUUGACUUUGGGGAGGGAGAGCCUUUUCGGAGGAAGAGAGGGAGGAGCUUGGCGGAGGGAGGAAACUACAAAUCGGGACACUAGUUCUUUGCACUGCAUUUCCUCCCCUCCUUGAGGCUGCUCGGAAAGCAGAGAGAGAGAGAGGGGGGAAAAUACGCUCGGCUGGGAGAUGCAGCCCGCCGCCGCCGCCUCAGCCAGCAAUGCAAGAUUAGAUCUCUAAAUGCGGGGAAGCGCGGCCUGAUCGGCGCAGAGCCGCCGGAGGAGCCAGCAGGCACCGCACCGCGCUCCGGGGGAGGCUUCGCCACCUCUCCGCCUCUCUCCCUCUCCCUGCGGCUCCCAGCCCCAUUCAUUGCAUCACCGGAGGCGGCCAGAAGCAAGUAAGGAUUUCACUUUCCCGUCUGCCCGAAGACACACCUCCCGCUCCCUCCUCCCCUCCCCAUUGGGAGAGUAUUCCGGAGGCUCCCGGCGGGAGCGGAUUGGCAGCGUCCGAGGGGGAGCGAGGCAAACCGGCGCAUUCCAGGCUCGUUCUCUCCCCUCCCGGACUAGAUUGACAUUUUUUUUUUUUUCCUCCCCGCACUGUAGUCGUCGCUGAAGUUUGAGUCUCCUGCAUCAAGUUCGGGGCGGCGAAAGACAAAGCCAGCCCGGGGCUUGCCCCAGCCGCGGGGGAUCCGCCGCCGCCGGGCUCCGCGCUCCCGCAGCCCCGUCGCGCCCGCCCCUGCCUCUCGCCCGCCCGGCGCGGAUGCUGUAGAUCAACAGGUUCGGGAACUUGAGCCGGUGCAGAGGAGGGACCGCGGGGUCCCCGUAGCCCGGGAGCGGGGGGGAGGGAAGGCAGGAGGGAGACCCCCCAGGACUGGUGGCUCGGCUCCAUGCUGCGCGGGGGCUCCGGGCUGCCGCGCACCCCCUCGCUCUCCGCUCCGGUCCGCCUGUUCCUGCCUCCACCCCACCGGGCUGGGAUGUACCUUUCCAUCUGUUGCUGCUUUCUGCUGUGGGCCCCCGCCCUGACGCUCAAAAACCUGAACUACUCGGUGCCGGAAGAGCAGGGGGCCGGCACGGUGAUCGGCAACAUCGGCAAGGAUGCGCGCCUGCAGCCGGGGGCGCCGCCCGGGGAGCGCGGUGGGGGCGGCGGGCGCGGCCGGUCCGGCAGCUACCGGGUGCUGGAGAACUCGGCGCCGCACCUGCUGGACGUGGACGCCGACAGCGGGCUGCUCUACACCAAGCAGCGCAUCGACCGCGAGUCCCUGUGCCGCCACAACGCCAAGUGCCAGCUGUCCCUCGAGGUGUUCGCCAACGACCAGGAGAUCUGCAUGAUCAAGGUGGAGGUGCAGGACAUCAACGACAACGCACCGUCCUUCCCCUCGGACCAGAUCGAGAUGGACAUCUCGGAGAACGCGGCUCCCGGCACCCGCUUCCCGCUCACCAGCGCGCACGACCCCGACGCGGGCGACAACGGGCUGCGCACCUACCUGCUCACCCGCGACGACCACGGCCUCUUCGCGUUGGACGUCAAGUCCCGCGGCGACGGCACCAAGUUCCCGGAGCUGGUCAUCCAGAAGGCGCUGGACCGCGAGCAGCAGAGCCGCCACGCGCUCGUGCUGACCGCCCUGGACGGCGGGGAGCCGCCGCGCUCCGCCACCGUGCAGAUCGACGUGAAGGUGAUCGACUCCAACGACAACAGCCCGGUGUUCGAGGCGCCCUCCUACCUGGUGGAGCUGCCCGAGAACUCGCCCGCGGGCACCGUGGUCAUCGACCUGAACGCCACCGACGCCGACGAGGGCCCCAACGGCGAGGUGCUCUACGCCUUCAGCAGCUACGUGCCCGACCGCGUGCGGGAGCUCUUCUCCAUCGACCCCAAGACCGGCCUCAUCCGCGUCAAAGGAAACCUGGACUACGAGGAGAACGGGAUGCUGGAGAUCGACGUGCAGGCGCGGGACCUGGGCCCCAACCCCAUCCCGGCGCACUGCAAGGUCACGGUCAAGCUCAUCGACCGCAACGACAACGCGCCGUCCAUCGGUUUCGUGUCCGUGCGCCAGGGGGCGCUGAGCGAGGCCGCCCCGCCGGGCACCGUCAUCGCGCUGGUGCGGGUCACCGACCGAGACUCGGGCAAGAACGGGCAGCUGCAGUGCCGGGUGCUGGGCGGCGGCGGCGGGGCGGCCGGCGGCGGGGGCGGCUCCGGGGGGCCCGUGCCCUUCAAGCUGGAGGAGAACUACGACAACUUCUACACGGUCGUGACGGACCGCCCGCUGGACCGCGAGGCGCAGGACGAGUACAACGUGACGAUCGUGGCGCGGGACGGGGGCUCGCCGCCGCUCAACUCCACCAAGUCGUUCGCCGUGAGGAUCCUGGACGAGAACGACAACCCGCCCCGCUUCACCAAGGGGCUGUACGUGCUGCAGGUGCACGAGAACAACAUCCCGGGAGAGUACCUGGGCUCCGUGCUCGCCCAGGACCCGGACCUGGGCCAGAACGGCACCGUGUCCUACUCCAUCCUGCCCUCGCACAUCGGCGACGUGUCCGUCUACACCUACGUGUCCGUGAACCCCACCAACGGGGCCAUCUACGCUCUGCGCUCCUUCAACUACGAGCAGACCAAGGCCUUCGAGUUCAAGGUGCUGGCCAAGGACUCGGGCGCGCCCGCGCACCUGGAGAGCAACGCCACGGUGCGGGUGACGGUGCUGGACGUGAACGACAACGCGCCGGUGAUCGUGCUGCCCACCCUGCAGAACGACACGGCCGAGCUGCAGGUGCCGCGCAACGCCGGCCUGGGCUACCUGGUGAGCACCGUGCGCGCCCUGGACAGCGACUUCGGCGAGAGCGGCCGCCUCACCUACGAGAUCGUGGACGGCAACGACGACCACCUGUUCGAGAUCGACCCGUCCAGCGGCGAGAUCCGCACGCUGCACCCCUUCUGGGAGGACGUGACGCCCGUGGUGGAGCUGGUGGUGAAGGUGACGGACCACGGCAAGCCCACCCUGUCGGCCGUGGCCAAGCUCGUCAUCCGCUCGGUGAGCGGCUCCCUGCCCGAGGGGGUCCCGCGCGUGAACGGGGAGCAGCACCCCUGGGACAUGUCGCUGCCGCUCAUCGUGACGCUGAGCACCAUCUCCAUCAUCCUGCUGGCGGCCAUGAUCACCAUCGCCGUCAAGUGCAAGCGGGAGAACAAGGAGAUCCGCACCUACAACUGCCGCAUCGCCGAGUACAGCCACCCGCAGCUGGGCGGGGGCAAGGGCAAGAAGAAGAAGAUCAACAAGAACGACAUCAUGCUGGUGCAGAGCGAGGUGGAGGAGAGGAACGCCAUGAACGUCAUGAACGUGGUGAGCAGCCCCUCCCUGGCCACCUCCCCCAUGUACUUCGACUACCAGACCCGCCUGCCCCUCAGCUCGCCCCGGUCCGAGGUGAUGUAUCUCAAACCGGCCUCCAACAACCUGACUGUCCCUCAGGGCCACGCGGGCUGCCACACCAGCUUCACCGGACAAGGGACUAAUGCGAGCGAGACCCCGGCCACUCGGAUGUCCAUAAUUCAGACAGACAAUUUUCCCGCAGAGCCCAAUUACAUGGGCAGCAGGCAGCAGUUUGUUCAAAGUAGCUCCACGUUUAAGGACCCAGAGAGAGCCAGCCUGAGAGACAGUGGGCACGGGGACAGUGAUCAGGCUGACAGUGACCAAGACACUAACAAAGGCUCCUGCUGUGACAUGUCUGUUAGGGAGGCACUCAAGAUGAAAACUGCUUCCACUAAAAGCCAGCCCCUCGAACAAGCAUUCCCGACUUUGCUUUCCUUUGCUAUCCUCACCCUACACACCAUCACAAGUAGACUUCAGUCUGUUGAUCUGCUUCCUACAGAACCCGAAGAGUGCAUUAACUGCACAGACGAAUGCCGAGUGCUUGGUCAUUCUGACAGGUGUUGGAUGCCACAGUUCCCUGCAGCCAACCAGGCUGAGAACGCAGAUUACCGCACAAAUCUCUUCGUGCCCACAGUGGAGGCUAAUGUUGAGACUGAGACUUACGAAACUGUGAAUCCCACUGGGAAAAAGACCUUUUGUACAUUCGGAAAAGACAAGCGAGAGCACACUAUUCUCAUUGCCAAUGUGAAACCUUACCUAAAAGCCAAACGUGCCCUGAGCCCUCUCCUCCAGGAGGUCCCCUCAGCAUCCAGCAGCCCCACCAAGGCGUGCGUGGAGCCCUGCACCUCCACCAAAGGCUCCCAGGAUGGCUGCGAAGCAAAGCCGGGAGCCCUGGCCGAGGCCAGCAGCCAGUAUCUGCCCACCGACAGCCAGUACCUGUCGCCGAGUAAGCAGCCCCGAGACCCUCCUCCUUUCCUGGCUUCCGAGCAGAUGGCGAGGGUCUUCGCGGAUGUGCACUCCAGGGCCAGCCGCGACUCCAGCGAGAUGGGGGCCGUCCUGGAGCAGCUGGACCACCCCGCCCGGGAUCUGGGCCGGGAGUCCGUGGAUGCGGAGGAAGUCGUGAGAGAGAUUGAUAAGCUGCUGCAGGACUGUCGGGGAAAUGACCCUGUGGCUGUGAGAAAGUGAGAGGGGGAGGAGAAAAAAAAAAAAAAAAAAGCAUUGGCAUUUUCUUAUCUCUUCUGUUGAUUUAAAAAACGAUCCCUCCUGGUGACAACCUGGUGUACAGGGAAGAAGAGAGACCAAUGCUGCUUCAAGGCUUUCCGUGAACAUCUGAAGUGCCCACAAGUAUGUCCUUUUCACUGCUAUUUCCCCCCCACCCCCACCCUCCCCAGAGAUAACAAUGGUUUUUGUUUUGACCAAACUUAUAUUGGGACAGCAUUGAGGAUGCUCAAAGUGGAAAGACAAACAGAGAAGAAAGAGGAAGAUGAGGAGGCAAAUACCUUUUGACGGUCACUCAGGAAGGUAUGCCGUGUGAGAAGGGAAGUAUUUCCGGUCACUGUUAAGACUGUCCUCCGUGAUUGAUGCUGACUUCGCUGUUUACCUACAAACCCCGUACAAAGCAGGGUCCUAACGUGUGAUCUGUGGUGGCUCUUUAGCAGCCAUCACAGGCUUCUACUGAAAGUCCCGCAAAGACCUUGCAGUAGUCCAAGCUACACCAAACAUUAAUACAUAUUUGUGGUAAGCAUUUCUGUAUAAAGUUACCUGCCACACAUAGAAACACAAGGAACAUUCCAUAUCAUUAGUUGAAAAAACAAUUUUUUAAAAAAAUACUUGGUCAUUUGUAAGACACCUCAUGUCGUAUUAAAGUUAAAUGUAAAAAAGAUAUAGUCCAUUUUGUCCUGCACACACACACAGACUAAUUCACUUCAUUAAAGGAGGAGAAAAUUUGAAGUUUUAAAAUUUCUCUUUAGCAUUUUAGUGUCCAACAAACAUAUAAAUAAUGAUGGGUAGAGAAAAAAUUAACAUGAUUAAUAUGUUUUACUGGUUUGUGGACACUAAAAUAGCUCAGGAAAGGGAAAAUGUCUUAGAUUUACACAAAUCACAUGAUCAUUUUUAUGUGCAAAUGUAAGAAGAUUCAAUGUGUUUACAUCAAAUGACAUAUUUUUAUUGAUUUAUUGCAGAUUCAGUGCAUAUGAGCCAAAUUGUUGAGUGUAUAAGAGCUAUAUUGUGUAUUUUAUUAAAUUAAUAUAUAGUUGUGUUGCAAAAAUAUUUGGGCUUAUAUUGUAAAUGGCAAGUGUUGCCUCAGUAGCUGUCGAACUCUAUGAGUUUUGUUUUUUCCUGCUUCCUUUUCCCCAUGGAGCGUGGGAAGCAGUGCCUCAGAGCAAAGUCUCUUGUUUAAUGUAUAGUCUACCAAGUACUGCAGUACAUAAUCUGUUCAAAAUGUGUUUGCGUGAGCCGACGGAGCUAUCUGAAAGGUCAAAAAAUACAUCUGUCAGUCAUGGUUAUGUGCAAGUCCUUGUAGAAGCUUCUAUUAAAGUCAUGCUAAAUCACAAGAAUUGCAUUUGUACCAAUACCUGAAAUUUCUUCAUGUUUUCUCAAUAACACACACUUUCUGCCUCUGUAGAUAUCAUGCUGUUGAUUGGUUUUUAAAAGUAUCUUAUGUGGUUCAAGAUGUGUGCUCCCAUUUAUUUCAAAACCAUGAAAAACGCUUUGAUGCAUGUGUGAUACCAGCCCUGGCUAUUUGCAUUGUGUAGUGUUUUUCAAGAGGUCUGGGUCUUCACAGAAUGUUUUCCAUUUUUCUCAAUGUUCUUCUGCCUCUUUUUAUUGGUGUCCUUUGAGAAAAAAUACACCUUCUAUUCCUUCAUUUGUUUGCACCUUUUUUCUUGUGUCAUUUAGCAAGUUUCAAACUGACUACCAUGUGAGGCUAGGAAACCUCAAAUUUCAGGAAUUGGGGAAAAAUAAAAUUAGCACUCACAGAAGUAGCGGCAGAUGGGGAAAUGCCUUGAUUGACAUUUUCCUUCCCUGUUAAAAAUUUUUGGCAUUUAACAGCUUCAUGUCAAACAGCUUCCAGCCCAUACCUUAGAAGACGUGGUGCUGAGUUACAUAAAUGCUGUUUGUGCACUGGAGCCGAAAAAUGCAUUAUUUGCAAACUGGUGGAGAAUUCUGUGCCUUCUUUUCUGGCCACCAAGCCAAUGUAGAAACAGCAUAAAUGUCAUAAAAUUCCUAGAUUAACAAAAACAAGAAUAAAAACAAACACUGAACUGAAUUAGGUUUUGUCUCUACAAAUUCAACUGAAAACAUUUCCCUCAAAUGCUGUCAAGAUUUUAGACUGUACAUCCUUUGCAAAUUGCUUUGAAAGGAAAAGUGAACACCUGCCCUCAGCCUUAUUCUCUGGAGAACUGUACUUCGUUCCUAGUAACAGCCCUUCCAAAGCUCUACUAUUGGUUUUUAUCAUUUGUAAAUGUUUAAAUUAGAAAAGAAGGGAUCUUGUACAUGUGAAACUGAAUUGACUGUCUAUAUUUUGGACAAUUUAUGUAUCUGAAACGUGUUGUCUCUGUUAUAUGAUCUUACUUUUCUGCCGGGAGACCACAGGUUGAUUUAGCUCAAUAGCAGACAUUUGAUGAAUUUCCAUUUAGUCUUACCAAGUGUUGCCUCUCUCUUACUAGACAGAUAGCCGCUUAGUAAAAACUAAGGCAGUAUGUAAAUGACAUUUAAAGGAGAGUAGGGUUUAUUUUUAAAACAUUCUUAACUUUCAGUAACCAGUUGUUCAGUUUAGUAUAUGUGUCUAAAGACAUUAUAAUGCUAUAAGACUUUAAGAAUUGGUGUGCCAAUGUGUGAGGGAUUUCCCUUUCGGCUCUCUGUCACCAGUGAUUUACUAGUGUUAGCUGUUUAACAUGUUAUCUGCAUUUAGUAGUGGUUAUUUAUUUUCAAGUUGGUGGUACUUCAGCAGUCAGGACUCUAAGCUUUUAUAAUUGAGUGAGGAAAUCUUGCUUUUAUUCAUUUGGCUGGCAACUUCCUUUAUCACAGACCCCUGGUGCUUGACUUCCAAGGAAGUCUAUGAGAUGCCAAAAUCACCCUUUUGGGGAGCAGCUUGCUCUAAGAGGUGAUACACAAUCAAACAGAUAUGUUCAAGGGGUUUCAGCAUCAUUGAGAAUGUAAAAAAUUAAUUCACAUCUCAAUUAACUAACCCUCAAAAAAACUUCACACAUUCAAAAUGAAUACUUUGAUGAUACUUUUUCUUUUAGGUUCUUAAAUAACUGAUGUCAAGCACAGAAUAAUAGUUUAUAUAAAUUUUCAUAGAAAGUCAAAGUUUUAAAAAUUGUUUACUGGUGAACUAAAAAAAGUCAGUAACAAAAAUCUUUCCACAACAUGCUAAUGAUGAAAGAUCUUUUCAUCAAAGUUAAAAGUAGUAAAUGUUAGUUAUACUAUACCAAAGUUAACAUUAAAGAGAUAUUUCUCACAAUUUCAAACAAUGCUUUCAUAUCUUUUUCUGAACCUGACAUCCAAUUGCAGGAGAUAUACAAAGAUUGUCUCACUGCUCUAUAAAUUAAUUGAAUUUUUGGUUUGGAAAUUGACUUGCUGAAAUAGCAGAGAUCUUGUAAAAUAUGACUUCCCUGUAAAAGAUCUAGGCACUGCUUGAUU